AUUAGGAUUAAUUAUUGAUGAAAGCGAAAGAGAUUAAAAUAAGUAUACAGAGGAAUAGUCACUUCGUGGCUGAUAUAGUCAGACCUACAACACCAAGAGGCCUGCGAUACGAUCACAAAAAGCUGUUUCACCAAGCAAAAGACAAAAGAAAAGCUAGUAAUCUUAAGAGACCUAGGCUAGGCUCAGACACUACUCACCAUGACUCCCACAGAGAUUACAAUGCGAAGAUCAGAGAUGUCUUCUGUUCUAUCAGAAAGCUACUUAGCGAGAAGAGAUCUAAGAAGGCUAAGGAGGCUCACCACUGGGAAGUUUUAGAGACUCCUGAGAACUCCCCCCAAAAUCUUGAUGAAAAGGAGCUACCUAAACUCUUAGAUGUCUUGGAGAAGCAAAGAGCCUUAGGAGUUAAGCCAGCGAUGAAGGUGGAAUUCAAGCCUAAUGUUGGCAUCUUUGAAGCGUGCUCUAAGAGAUCAGCGUCUCAGGGAAACGAAGCAAAGGGUAAAAGAAGAACCCUUGUUCGCGACAAAAGAUCUCUUGAAAAAACUUCAGAUUCCUUGAAGGUAAAUUAUGAUGAAAAUUCUUCGCAUCCUUCAAGUGAAGAAAUGUUGAUUCGUGGAACAGAAAAUAUUCUCAGAAACCAGUAUGAGAGAUACAAUGACAAGAGGAACAACUUUAACACAUGCCAAAGGAUGAAUGACAUCAUUCAUAACCAGAAGGGUCAUCGUGCUCACCUCCAUAAUUGCCAUGACAAGGAAAUCAUAGAGUACGAAGACCAGACAAGGAAGGAAGAGGUUGACUUUCUUAGUCCUGAACACAAGAGGAUCUCUCUUUUCCAUCUGGAGAACUACUCCCCAGAGAAAAAGUAUAGACUCAGUAGACAGCUUAAGAGCAGGUUAAUUCAUAAGAGGCCGAAGAUCUUUGGACUUGAUGGUCAAAAUGCCAAAAAGUCUAGAUCCAAUAACAAGGAUGAUAGUAGAAAUAAGAGAGUCCUUCAUGCUGGUGAUCCCCUAAUGUAUCAUCGAAUCGAAGGAAACUUGUCUGAAUUUUAUACCGACUUCGAGAAGCAGAUGGAGAAAAAGGAAGCUCAAGCUCAAGGAAGUCCUUAUACUCCUUUCUGCACUCCGGUAAGACCUGUAAAGAGAAAGUCAGCAGCUCUCCCUUGUGUUUAUCAUAAUGACUACAUUGACGUUUGCACCAAAGUGGCCAAGCAUGACUUGGUCAACGCGGUGUGGGUUGAUAACGUCCAAGGGCACGAUUUUAAAAGUGCCCAAAAGAAAGCCUAACCUUUGGUGAACCCAAGGUUAGCCCAAUUACAUCAUUUUUCAGAAGUAUAAUUUCAAUCUAAAUCCAGAC